AUGUUGGUAUUGAAAAGAGCUCCAAUUCAAAGACUUGCCUAUCAUGGAAUUAGAUGCUUCUCAAAUGCAUCGUUGUCUUUAAAUAGAUUGGCAAAUAUCUCAUCCCUGGGAGGUGACAAAACAAUUGAACAUAACAUCAAAUCGGAAACUAAUCGACUUUCAAAAACAGGUAGUAGAUUCUGGGAUAAGGGCCACGUUUUUCACAAUCAACAAACUGGCAGGUUUGAGAUUCAAUUGGAUGGAAAGACUUUGCGCACGCCAUUGGGCCUCCCGUUGACCUUACCAGAAAAGAAGAAACAAUUAGCCUACUUGAUUGCACACGAAUGGACGCAUUUGCCUAAAAUAUCUUUGAAAUCUAGCGCUUUACCAUUGACUGGCUUGGCAGCAAGAGCUAUUGAUCUAGAAUCCAAGAGAAGUCAAAAAGAAGUUAAUAACGAUGGAGGUGAAGAAAUGCUCGCAAUUGAGGAUUUAAAGCUCAGCAUGUUGAAAUAUCUCGACACAGAUACUUGUCUUAUCUUUGCAGGAGCAAAAGACUGUGAUGGGAAGUUGAGGGUUAGGCAGGAGGAACUUUAUCGUCCUUUGAUCGAAGAGUACAAUGAUUUUUUUACAAAGUAUGGAUUGAGCAGAAACUUACUCAAGGAGAAUGAGAGAAUUGAAUUGAAGUUCUUGGACUGUGAAAAAGAUGGCUUGAGAGGAAAUAAGCAAAGCUUGAAAACUCAGCAAGUGGUGAUAGACUGGUUAGACCAAUUAGACAUUUUUGAAUUUGUUGCUUUAGAAAAAUCUAUUCUUACUACAAAAUCAUUCCUUUGUGCUGUGUCGGUUUUGAGAUCCAAUGUUUCUGAUGAACCAAGAAUGAGAGAUAUUUUCCAAUUGAAUAGGGACUCCAAUGACCUUUUUUGGUACAAAACCGUCGAAGAGAUCAUAGAGUUGGGAAACUUGGAAACGAUCCUUCAAACUGGUGAAUGGGGAGAAGUUGAAGAUACACAUGACGUUGAACAACGAGACUGGUUGAGGAGUUUGACCAGUGCUGCUCUUUUAAGUCAUUAA